AUGGACAAUUUCAGUUACUUCAGCAAUAAUAACAUUGCCGCCGUGUUGAUUGCCCCGCAUGCUGCUUUUGGCUUUAUUGCAACCGUUUUUGUUGUCUUGCGCAUAUACACAGCUCGAUAUAUCACCAAACACAACUGGGCCUUUGACGAAUACAUCUCGAUAGUGGCCUUGAUAGCAAAUCAUAUCAUGCUUAUUUCAGAAUGCAUUUCCGUAUCGCAUGGUUUGGGGUCCAACGUGACCAGAGUGAGCAAUCAGUACGGUACUGCCAACUUCCUCAAGGUGCGUCUGUACCCUGCCAUCCUUUUCCAAGAUUAUGAUCUAAUGACGCAGCAACAGUCCAUCCUUGCUAUUGAAUGCGCAUAUGGUGUCGCUUGUCCCUUAUCAAAAUCCGCUGUACUGGCCAUGUACUACCGAAUCUUCAAAUCUUCAAACAUAAUUCGUUAUUCGACGUAUAUAAUAGCUUCCAUGUUGGCUGGGUGGGGAAUAGCUGUGUUGUUAGUCAGCAUCUUUCUAUGCAACCCUGUUGAUGGCCGUUUGGAAGCCACAAUAACAAGUAAAUGCAUUAACUCGAGGCAGUAUUAUGUUGGAAUUACGAUACCCAACAUCAUCUUCGACAUUGUCACUGUUGUUCUGCCUGUUCGGGAGAUCUGGAGGCUAAAGAUGGGGAGAAAUGAGAAACGGGCCAUCACUUCUAUCUUCCUCCUUGGUGGCUUAGUCGUCAUCGCCUCGGUUGCACGUCUGGUUCUCUUCCUCAUCUUCCUCCCGGGAGUGCCUCCGACCGGAAACAACAUCAGCCAAACCGUUAUUUUUCCUCACGCCGCAUCCGCGAUCGAAACCUGCCUCGCCAUCAUUGGGGCCUGUCUACCCCCUUGCGGGCCAUUACUCAAGAAAAUGCUCAAACAUGCUGUCGCUAAAGUGAGCUCUGGCUCUGGCAAUAUGGACAACAAGGAACCUGACAACAAUUCCGUAGUCACCAUUGGCAAGAUAUCCAACCGCGGACCCGGGGUUUCAAAGAAGCGAACGAUCAACGACGGUUUGGAAGGAGGAUCCUUUGAGCGGUUAGAUGAUAAUCAAAGUCUGCAAGGUUCAACGGAUGAACUAUGCACUGGUAUGGGUCACAAGAAAGGCAGCAAGUCCCAGAUUUAUGUCCAGCGUGAGGUGAGAGUUGAAAGCAGUGAAGAUCGUGGCUAUCGCAAUUAUGACGCUGAGGGUAUUCCCCUUAGAGAUCUCUGA